AUGAAUUAAAAUAUAAAAUAAUAUUAUGAAGAUUUAGAAGAAUUUCUUAUUUCUUCUUUAUCUUCUCAUAUUUGCCUCGAAAUCGAUCUCAGAGAUAAUGAAAUUAAUGAUGAAAAAAUAUUUCUUCUAGCUUCUGCAAUAGCUAAUUGCACUCAGCUAUCAAGUUUGUCUCUUGAUUUGAGAAAUAAUAAAAUUGGUAGUUAUUGUGAAUCAGAUUUAAGCUCAACUUUUGCAAAUUUCUCCAAUCUCUAAAUAUUGAAACUCAAAAUGAGUUCAAAUUAAAUGGGAAAUUAAGGAGCUACAAUUUUGGGUUAAGGUUUAAAAAAUUGCUUGAAUCUAUCUACAUUAGAAUUAGAUGUUGGAGAUAAUUAAAUUAGCAAUGAAGGUAUUGUUGCUUUAGGAUCUUCUUUUAAGUAUUUCUCGAAUCUCUUAAAUUUGACCCUUGAUCUAAGCUCAAAUAAGGCUGGAAAUGAAGGCGCUUUAAGUUUAGGUUAAGCUUUAUCAAGUUGUAUUGGCUUAAAGAGUUUAAUAAUUGAUAUCAAAAGUAAUUAAAUUGAAGAAACUGGUUCAUAAGGUUUAGCUAUUGCUUUAAAAAAUUGCACAAAUCUUUAGAUUUUGACAAUUGAACUUUACUUGAAUAAAAUUAAUCCAACUGGUGCAUAAUUUUUAGGGAGCGCUUUCAUAAAUUGUGUUAAUAUGUAAAAAUUGUCUAUAGAUCUUAGCUCUAAUUUAAUUGGUAACAAGGGCGCUUUGUGGCUAGUUUCUAAUUUAGAAAAUUGUACAAAUCUCACAAAAUUGUCACUUAACCUCUA